GGGUGGACACUAAAUGAAACCUACACUUAUAAAAAUUACAAAACGCGUUGAAGGUCAGAUCUUGAAAGACUGAAAGCUUUGAUAUCAUCUUUUCAUCUGCACACAAAUAAAGAACAAGUGGACCUGUCAUCAUAUAAAAGGUCAGCAUGGGCGACUGGGGAUUCCUCUCCAAGCUUUUAGAUAAAGUGCAGUCUCACUCAACCAAUAUUGGCAAAGUGUGGCUGUCGGUUCUUCUGAUCUUCAGGAUAAUGGUUCUUGGAGCUGGGCUGGAUAAAGUCUGGGGAGAUGAACAGUCCAGUAUGGUCUGCAACAUCAGAACUCCUGGUUGCUUGAACGCGUGCUACGACCACAUCUUCCCCAUUUCUCACAUGCGAUUCUGGGUGCUCCAAAUCAUCUUUGUGGCCACGCCAAAUCUGGUCUACCUCGGCUACGUUCUGCACGUCAUCCACAAGGAAAACAAACUGAGGCAGCAAUUACAAAACGAGGCAGAGAAACGGGGGGUAAAAAUGCCCAAAUACACUGAUGACAACGGGAAGAUUUAUUACAAAGGGAGUCUGCUUUGUGGCUAUAUGUUGAGUCUCAUUGUCACCAUUUUGUUUGAAGCAGGGUUCAUUGUGGGCCAGUAUUAUUUAAUCGGCCUUUGGAUGCCCACACAGUUAGAAUGUAAGGUAGAUCCUUGCCCUAAGAUCGGUCUGCAUUGUUAUACAUCCCGCCCAACUGAAAAGACCGUCUUCAUUAUCUUCAUGCUCAUUGUGGCGUGUGUGUCCUUAGUCUUAAAUCUAGGAGAGAUGUUCUACCUGAUGGGUCGUAGAGGCGAACACAAGAGGAGGACAUCUGCAAGGUCUGAGAUGCAGAAAUUAACCCCCACCGAGACAUUUUGCUGAAUGAAUCUUAUUUACCAUAAAACUUACUGUAUCUACUAACUUUACAAUGUCAGCACUUUUUACUUGUUAAAUAAACCAUAUUUUUUAUUGGUUUAAGGAAACAAAUUAUGCAUUUACUCUAAUCCAAUUUUAACUGUUUACAACGACUAUAAAAAUGAUGCAUACAUUUCGAACUAUAAUACCGGUGAUUGUAGCAAUUAUUAUAAACCCGCACAAAUACAAAUCCCCACACAUUCUGAAAGAUUAUUGUUUUUCAAAGACCCCUGGAUGUCUUCAGUCCCACCAUAACUGCAGGUUGGUACCUUUUCAGAAGGUGGACUACACCAUUUUAUACCGUAUUAUGGUAUAAAAUACCAUAUUCUGCCAUAUUUAUCCAUAAAAAUAUGUGUGUUAAAUGUUCAUAUUAGUACCUACAUUCUUAAAAAUAAUGGCGCUUAAAUGGUUCUUCACAUCGAUGCCAUUCACUCAAAGACUCUUUAAAGAACCAUCUCUGUCUUACCUUUUUAUAAUCUGAAGAAGAUUAUAAGAGAUUAUUCUUCAUGGAACCAUUUAGACAAAAAGUUCAUUUUAUGGCAUUGUGAAGCACCUUUGUUUUUAAGAGUGUAAAUGGUACGUUUUAGUACCUUAAUGGUGCAGUAUACUUUUUUAUAAGGUAGGCCUAAAAGGCCCAGUGACAAAUUUUGUACUUUUUUUUCUGACAGUGUAGCAAUUCCAGCCAUUAUUGUAAUAUGUGAACAUGUCAUGUGUGCAAAUAUAAAUAAAACAUCAACCAAGCA